GGCCGGGACCGGUGAGCUCCGCUGACAGUCCCCGGGCCCGGGCGGGCAGGUGGAGCCGGGAGCCGCGGACGGAGCAUGGAAGAUUCACAGGCGGGUAUGGACCUAAGUAAUUCUCAGGAACAGCCCAUGGCUGCAGAAGGACAGGAGGCUUUGACAGACUGUAAUCUGAACAAAUCCCAGGAGAUGGAAAGUAUGGAUAAUGGGGAAGAUAUGAAGGAACACAAUCAGUCUAAUGAAGAAGCAGGAGAUGAUGUGGUUAAAGUGAAAGGUGAAUACAGUGAGAGAGAGGAGAAUGCUUUAAAUUCAGAGCCUAUGGAAAACCCAGAAGAAAAUGAAAUGCCUUACACCUAUCCCAGAGAAUAUAACGAAUAUGAAAGCAUUAAACUGGAAAGACAUUCUGGUUCAUAUGACAACGUCAGGCCAGCUAGUGGAAAAAUGAAUUGUGAUAUCUGUGGAUUAGCCUGCAUUAGCCUCAAUGUCUUGAUGGUUCAUAAGCGUAGCCACACUGGUGAACGGCCAUUCCAGUGUAAUCAGUGCGGAGCUUCCUUUACUCAGAAGGGUAACCUCCUCCGCCACAUUAAACUACAUACAGGGGAAAAACCUUUUAAAUGUCAUCUUUGCAGUUAUGCCUGCCAAAGGAGGGAUGCGCUAACAGGUCACUUAAGGACACAUUCUGUGGAGAAGCCCUACAAAUGUGAGUUUUGUGGAAGGAGCUACAAGCAGAGGAGCUCGUUAGAGGAGCACAAGGAGCGGUGCCGCACGUAUUUGCAGAAUGCGGGCAUGUGUGAUGCUGCAAGCGUGGAGGCAAGGCACAUCAAGGCAGAGAUGGGGAGUGAAAGAGCCCUUGUGCUGGACAGGCUAGCGAGCAACGUGGCAAAGCGAAAAAGCUCAAUGCCUCAGAAAUUUAUUGGUGAGAAACGCCACAGUUUUGAUGUUAAUUACAACUCGAGUUUCAUUUACGAGAAGGAAAGCGACAUCAUGCAAGGGCGCAUGAUGGACCAGGCCAUCAACAACGCCAUCACCUACCUCGGGGCCGAAGCCCUGCGCCCUCUCGUGCAGACCCCUCCAGCCCCCACCUCCGAAAUGGUCCCCGUCAUCAGCAGCCUCUACCCCAUCCCUCUCACCCGCCCCGACCUGCCCAACGGCGCCUCGCAGGACGCCGAGAAGAGCCACGGCCACCUCAGGGACAAAAGCCUGUCCUCCGACAGAGGCCUUUCCCCAAACAACAGCGGCCAAGACUCCACAGACACUGACAGCAACCACGAGGAGCGGCAGAACCCCACCUUCCAUCAGAGCCAGGUCAUCCCCGCUCAGGCCCGCAACGGCCUCCAAUCCUUGAAGGAUUUCCCCAGGCCCUACGACAUAAUCAAGCCGCCCGCCAUAUGCCCCCGAGAUGCCUUCAAGGUCAUCAACAAGGAAGGGGAAGCCAUCGGCGUCUACCGCUGCGACCAUUGCCGCGUCCUCUUCUUGGAUUACGUGAUGUUCACCAUCCACAUGGGCUGCCACGGCUUCCGCGACCCCUUCGAGUGCAACGUCUGCGGGUACCGCAGCCACGACCGCUACGAGUUCUCCUCACACAUAGCACGAGGGGAGCACAGGGUGGUGCUCAAAUAAAAGGACCCCUUCUCCAAGGUCAAAGGCUUUGCUUUAGAUCGGAGGGUUGGCUUGUUUGUUUGGGUUUUUUUAAUUAGUAUAAAGAAAUAUCUCGAGUAUUUUUCUAUGCCAGUUUUUAAACGAGUGUCACAGGAAGAUGACGCCUUUUUAAACCUUUUUUUUACCAAUAAUUCAGUGUUCUGUAGCAUCUCUGCCCUGCUGCUGUGGUGAGCGGUACUGUACAUGAUACCAUUUUUAUACGAACUUUUAUUUUUGUGAAAAGUAAGAGCCAUUUAGGAUGUUUCUAUUUUUUUAACGUGCGUUUGUUUUUAUAAUGUGUGCUUUGACUCAGCGCAAAAGGCUUUAUUUUUUUUUUUAAUGCUGUGCUGCUGGUUUCCCUGCAGAGUCAGAAGGGCACAGGGAGAGCUUGUUCUGGCUGUUCCAGUCCCCGUGGUCUUCAAAGGGCUGAUCACCCAAACGAGGAGAAAAAAAUAAUCUGGGAGGGAUUAUUAAUUCCUCUUUAAAGGUUUUCCCCUAAGUCUUAAAGAGCGUGUGGCCCCACCACACUUUCAUUUUUCUUACCCCUCUGUUCACUUUCUUUAAACUCACUCCCACAUGUGUCUUGCUCAGUAACAGCAAAAGAAGAAAUGAGCCCUGUUUUGGGGCUGGGGUUUUUUAGCAAUGUGUGUUUUUGGGAUACCCAGUGAGCUCACCGCGUUGGCUCAUCCAAUGCACUCUGGGGGAAAAUCCAGAUUAUUUUGUUUUUUUCACUGUCGGAAAGUCCUCCUUUCGGAUG